ACACUUGCCUGUGCCCACAUGCUUGUAUAGUGUGGUGUUAGGCUUUCAACCAAGAUUACAGAGUGCAAGUCUGAGUCUGUGUUUCUGUGUCUCGGCCUUUUCACAGAGGGCUGUGAAGAGAGGCAGCUAUCUCACAUGUCUGAGCAAUUCUGACUAUGCUGCUCUUGGUAGCGCUGGGCCUAGUUUUUUCUUCCACUGUGGUCACCACUGAGAAGGCUUUGAACACCAACCACAAACCACCAGCACCGCUCCUCAACUACAGCAGGAUCUCCCUGCCGCCAGAGCACGUACCCUACUUCCUCUACAACAACAAGAGGGUCGCCAAGCAAUGUCGCCAGGACCCGCUCUGCCCUUUUAAAGAUGCACUGCUGGACUUGUUUGCCUGUUGGGGUUACGAGAAGAACUGCGAUCCAGGGAAGCGCUUUAGCUAUCCAGUCUGUACCAAAGCUGACUCUGGAUGGGCUCGUUCACUGGAGGCAGCCCAGGAGCUUUUCUGGAAACAGGCUGAUUUUGGCUACGUCAAAGAGCGUCUCUCCGAGCUCAAAACACUCUGCAAGGCCGGCAAGCCAGAGCACUCUUCAUUAAGAUGCAGCAGCCACGCUAGAUUCUGUAAGGCAACAAACCUUUAUCUGGACUUGAGGAAGCCACGCAGAACUCAUGAAAGAUACAAGGAGGACUUCCUUCAGAAGGGUGAGAUCGGUGGUCACUGCAGACUGAACAAGCAAGUGCUUGCUGCCCAGGGAGAGCACAAGAGCCCCUUGCAGUCUUGGUAUGCUGAGCUGCAGUCAUACACAGAGCUGGACUAUCACCCCAUAGAGGAUGGUCACUGUGAAAUCAUUGUUGAAAAACCCACUGUUUUUAUGAAACUGGAUGCUGGGGUGAACAUGUACCACCAUUUCUGUGAUUUCGUCAACCUCUACAUCUCUCAGCACAUUAACAACUCCUUCAGCACAGAUAUCAACAUUGUCAUGUGGGACACGAGUUUUUAUGGUUAUGGAGAUCUGUUCAGUGAAACAUGGAGGGCCUUCUCAGAGUAUGACAUCAUUCACCUGAAGACCUAUGACUCGAAAAGGGUGUGUUUCAAAGAUGCCUUCUUCUCCCUGCUUCCAAGAAUGAGAUACGGCCUCUUUUACAACACUCCUCUCAUCUCGGACUGCUACAGUGAGGGGAUGUUUAGGGCGUUCUCCCAGCAUGUCCUCCAUCGGCUGAACAUCACGCAAGAUGGGCCAAAGGAGGGGCAUGUUCGUGUCACGCUGCUGACACGCAGCACAGAAUACAGAAGGAUAUUAAACCAAGUGGAGCUGGUAAAUGCCCUCAAGACUGUGCCUUUACUGGAGGUCAAUGUGGUGGACUACAAAUACAAGGAUGUUCCCUUCCUGGAGCAGUUGAGGAUCACCCACAACUCUGACAUUUUCAUAGGGAUGCAUGGGGCAGGUCUCACACACCUCCUCUUCCUCCCUGACUGGGCUGUCAUCUUUGAGCUAUAUAAUUGUCAGGAUGAGAGCUGCUAUCGAGAUUUGGCUCGGCUGCGGGGCAUUCGAUACGUGACUUGGCAGAAAAUGGACAAAGUGCUCCCACAGGACAAGGGUCACCAUCCCACCCUCGGAGACCAUCCGAAGUUUACCAACUACUCUUUUGAUGUGGGGGAAUUCAUGCGGCUUGUGCUGGAGGCAGCCGAUUACGUCACGCACCAUCAGAAAUGGCAGCGGCGAACCCUCCAUGAUGAACUCUAGAGUCUCUGUGAGCGGAGGUGGGAUACAAACAUCUGGCUGUUAAACAACUCUUAAGAUGAUCCUUUCGUUACAAUCCGUAGACACUGGCAGUGUGCAAAUGGCGAUUUAAAUUACCUCAUUCACCAGUGGUCUGACAGAAUAUUUGUCCGCUGUUUUGAUAAGUCUGGAUGAGUGAAAGCAGCAUGGCGGACAACUCGGGUUUGAAUAGCUUCCAUCAGCUCUAUUAGUGUCAAAUCAGUUAAGGGACGAGACGCAUGUAGACGAAGCAUCUGGAGAGCGAUAAGAUGUGUCCUAUGUUUCUUCAUUACCUCCGCUGUGUCUACUUCAUUCCACGGCGACAAAGUUAGCUAAUGAGCAGCUGUUACUGCGUCCCUUCACUUGCGACAUCUUGUCACAUUUGAUCAGUGUCACCUUGAUGCGAGGCUCUUCAGAGCUGUUGACAAUCACGGCAGAGUUUCUGAGCACAUCCAGCAGACACCGCUCUAAUAUGAUGUGCAGUGUUCACAUGCUGGAUUUGCGCAUAUAGUUGCAAACUUAGACUUUUGUUGCCGUUAGUUUGACAUACUGAACUCAUGUGUUCUUAAGUUAUGCUCAUCAACACUAAAAAAGAAAAAAAAAGAAAGACAGAAGGUAAGUGAGACUCUCCAAGUGGCUCUUCUCUUUUCUAUCAGUAUUUGUGUUAAGUGCACAUACAACUACAUAUAUACUUUAAAACACUUUAAUGUUAAGUAUUGUGAAACAUACAUUCAAGUAUUUCUUAAUAAGUGUCAACACUCCAUUAUCUCUCAAAACAUAUAACAGCUUAAUAUCAAAACUAUCAAACACACUUUUUAAAUCUACCUUUUACUAAUGCGCCUUUUAUUUAAGUUUACACGGUUUACAUGCUUUUACUUUUGUCAUUUAUUUAAAAGUCUAUCUAGUUGACUGAUGUCUGAAUUACUGGUAAUUCCUUUGCAGUUUUAUCAAAGGAAAUUUAUUAUCAGUGUGGUCAAAUGAUGAGGGUGCUGCUACCAGUUGUUAGUUCUCCUGAAGCCUUUUGAACGCUGUUAGUUUCAUAUUUCACCGUAAAUUAGUUUGAAAGAGAAUGGGCACAAUUUGCAUGCAGUGUGAUGCAAUGCACAAGAGUAUUUUGAGGGAUCAGAGGAUCAUUUUCAUGUUUCUUGGCCUUUCUGCGAGCUUUAUGUUUUAUUUAUCAAUGAAACCACGUUGAACUGAGUCUGACUUUUUUGGUCAGGGCUUUGCUAGUCAUGUAGGCGAUUUAACAUUAAAUUUGCUGUGUAAUAUUUUAAAAUAAAUAAUU